AUGGGUGCAAGGGACUACUUUAGGUCCAUUGGAGGCACACGCCAGCGCCAGCUGCGUGAAGGUAAGAUCACCCCGGUCGAUGCAAAGGAGAGGGAGUACAUUGACCACAUAAAGGCUAAGAUCGCGGCGCCAGUGACAACAGGAUCCAGCUGGCGACCAAGUGAUGGAUUCUCGCGCAGCCUGCCAACACCAGCUACUCGCAGACGCUCGAGAAGCCCGGCCCGUGAUGAUCUAUCACGCAGUCGAGAUGAAUCUCCUCGCCGCCGUGAUAGUCUUCGAUCCAGGGAUAGGUCCUCACGCCAGGCGAGUAGGUCUCACACGAACCGUUAUCGAUCACGCAGUCGAGACACCCGAGCCUACCAUAGAGAUCGAUCUCGAUCUAGAGAUAGAUCAUUCGAGAGAAGUGGAUAUCCAUCACACGGCCGAGACGGCACCUUUCGACAUCGAACCGGCUAUCGUUCCAGGGAUCUACCACGCGAGACAAGCAGACGGCGAGAGCGCUCGAGAAGUGCAGAUCGAGGAGGCCGCUAUCGUUCCAGAGAUAGGCGAUAUGAGAGGAGCAGGUCACCAACUCCUUUGCGCCAAUUCCACACAAGACGCGAUCUCCCACGCAGUCGAGAUACGUUUCGUCGUCGUGAUGAUGAGAUCCGUUUUGGCGAGAGCCACGAUCUGAGAAGCAAGUCACCAAGUCUGCCUCUUCGCAAGCCGCCAAAUCUUCCUCCUCGCAAGGCACCAAUCCCUUCUCGAAAGCCGCUCCAGCCAGCUUUCAAGAGUCCAAGGCUGCAGAGUGUCGAGAAUACCCCAGUGAAAGAUGUGGUCAUCGUCGGGUCGAGUGCCACAUCCACAGGAUCUGCAUCAAUCUCGCCAUCGGGUGGAUCGCCUGACUAUGACGAUUUUGAGGAUACAAGGGAAGAGAUCUCGCUUGAGGAGGCAGAACGAUCGAUACCUAGGUUUAUCCCGCCAGGCAAGAGUGUACUUUUCGGCGAUGUCAUCCGAGGCCUAUCAGAGGAGAGUGGCAAAGCAGUGCCCGGCGACGUGUUUGGAGAGGCCGUCCACAUGCUCAUUGGACUGGAGCAGAUUGAACUCCAAGGUGCCGGCCCACGACGCUCCCUGAGGGCACUGACUCCGCUGCAUGAUACAGCACACUCAGCCACCAGUGCGUCACACUCGGAAGACCACGAAUCCGGGCAGCCAAAAGGCGAAAUCUCGGAUCCACCUGCCCGCAGUCCCCCAAGUCCAUCCAUCUCAUCGCAUAAAGGCCCAGCUGAUGAGGAAGAGACACCCUUUGUGCAGAGUGAAGAGGACGGCGAUGACGACCACCACAAUUACGAUGACAACGCUGAUGAUCUUGACGCCGAAAUCUUUGGUCUUACGGGUUUCGAUGACGAUGACUUUAAUUUCACCAACGAUGAUGGACUCGGCUUCGACACCGCUGCCCAGACGAUGCUGCCUCAGACCGGGGAGCAGAAGGAAGCGCAACAACUGGCCAGGCGGCAAGAGAAACAGCGAGAGAAGGAAGCUGGCAUCCAGCAAGCUGAAAAGGAUCACGCUGACUAUCAGCAACAAUUGCGGAGUCUCUUGGCUCACGAGAGCAGCUUUGCGGCGCCCCUCAUCAGACUCGCAGACCGUGCCCAAGAGCUGCAUGAGAAUCUUCAGGAAAAGGUCGCCUUGGGACCAGACGGAGUUACGAUGAACGACCACAGGCUGGAUCUUCUAAAGGCGGCUGGCGAACAGGAUCAGUGGCUUCACCUCACCCACGGAGCUGUCAAAACGCUGGCGCCUCCUGUGUUUGAAUUCGAUGGAUGGGCAUCCACGGAUCUGAUGAUGUGGCUCACACACGCAACCAGGCUGACUUUGGCGGCAGAUCUCAAGGGCACUUCCACGAUCUACGUUGCCGACUCGUCUUCGUUCCAUCUCUUCGUGAUAAGAAUGUCUACCGAUGCUGAUGGGAAUCCGGGGCCGGCAUCUACCAAAGACACCGUUCGUGCCCUGAAGGAGCGCACAGUGAAGCUGGAGAGGCUCCUCAGCAAUGGUUCUGGUAUUCCGCCAAAAGAUCGUUUCGAAGAGGUUCCGUUCCACGAUAUCGACCCAUCAACCAAGACGAUCCUCAUUCCAUACAAUGUGAAGAAUAUGCAUUGGGUCUUGGUGAUCAUCACUGUCGACCACGAGAAGACGAAAGGUUCGUGUGAGAUUGUGGACUCAUACGAGGACAUCGAUCUUUCCAAGUCUGUUUGCACGGAGAUGGUGGAGUUUCUCAAACUCCUUGCACUCCAUCCUGAUCUGAACUGGGGGGGUGUCGAAUGGCAGCAGCCGAAGAAAGUACAGUGUCCCAAGCAGAACAACGCUCACGACUGCGGGUUUUUCACCUGGCUGGCUCUCGAUCUGUUCGCACGUACAGGCAAGACGUGGACAGGCGCUCUUCCUCAAACCAGUCAAGAGAGGCGAGACUAUGGCCUGCGAGCCAGAUUCACGACUCUCCAGAAGGUGUACAACGAAAUCUUUGACGAGCAUCUGGAGUCUCCAGAUGUGCUGAAGGAUGGCUCCGAGCUAGAGCUGGAGCCAACGACAAGACAACAAGGUGAGCGCAACGGUCGUGACGAUCGUACCAAGUCUCGAGCCGGUGCUCCCAGGCCGAGCAAAACCGCUACUGCAAGCGACGCGCGUGGAACUUCGCAAACUCGGCGUAAGGGCCUGGGCUUCCAAGUGGGCGACAAUCGGGACCAAGGUCGAAGCGAGCGUGCUGAGGAAACGGAACAUCUUGAUGCUCAGACGGACUCGCUGGUCGGCAUUGCAAAGUACCCAGCAGUCACAGCUAUCUGCGACUUCAUCCAGAGUCAGGGUCGACCUGUAUCCCUAAGUGAGAUCUGCGACGGCACUUCUUCAGAAACCAUCGAUCUACGCGAGGGAAUGAGCCGAGAAGAAUGCAUCAGUGGCUGGCUUUGCGACUACACCGAAACAUUCAGUCCUGAUAUCGACAUCAUGGACGAAGGCGCUGAUGCAUCCAUAUCCGACUCUGUGCUGUGGACUUUGCGCGAAGGACCCGGAAGAUCCAUGGCGACAGACAUGAUGAAGUUUACUUUUGAGCCACUGUCAGAGGAUUCCAUCACCAAGGAUGACGACCUGGGCAAAGCCUUCACACUUUGCAUAUCUUGUGUCAGGAUAAGCCGUUCGAGACCACAAUGGAAUACCUACGCGCAGUUGACGACCAGAGCGACUGAGCUUCAUACCACAUACUGCAACUAUUUCUCGUCGAAUUGCAUCGAGCGGAUUGCUGUGACAGAAUGGUCGGAUAUUGAGCGAGCUAUGGCCACAGGAAACGAGUGUUGGUUGCCAUAUGUGUUGGAACCGGGAUCGAGCAGGAAAGUGUUCCUGGAUCCUACCUCAAAAGACUCGACGACGCUCAAGAUCAGAGAUAUCCUGGACUCGUUGGACGAGAUGGCAACCCUGGCGCCUGAAGAUCCGCAGACAAAUGUUCUGUUACUUUGCACAGGUUGGGAUGGCAUAACGACUCAAAACGAUUCCUGGUCUUCAUUGGCUCACAGGUGGCCAAACCUCAACUUCCGAAUCACAAUGGCAUUAGCUGAACAAGAUCUGGCCUACACUGCUCAUUUCCGGACAAACGGAUGGAGUGCAUGGGCUCACUACGACAGCACCCUCCUUGCCACACUAUGGGAUGACCCACGAACCCCGCUGGAUUUGGUCGCCCUUGGGGACACCUCGAGCGAAGCAUUGCGCAUUUAUUCACACGCCCAAUUCCUCCAAGCGUUGACUGUCGUCACACACUUCAAGACGGAUCUCGGCAGGUAUCGGCAGGGCAGUGUCAGUACGGAUGGACAUGUCGAUCGAACUCUGGGCUUUGUCGACAGCAACCAUGGAUCUGUGGUGGACUUUAGGCGACAUCGUAAUGAUUUCGGCCUUGGCCCUCACUCGAGUCGAAUUGAUGGCUGCGAGGAUUGUGUUGAGGACCCCGAAAGCAGGUGGAUACGAAGCGAUUCCAAUGUUGGUUUGGUGUGCGAAGCUCAUGGCAAUGACACUUUUGGUGAACAGGAAGAGGAGGCAGAACGCAAUGUGCAAACGACGAGGACAGGGGCAUGCGAUCGUGAACAAUUUAUUGAGAAAGUCACUCAUGCAUUCGGAGCGAAGGCGGCCAAGAACUUGAGACCCAAGGGCACAUGCAGCGAUAGCAAGAGUCUCGGGAUCCUGAGGACCGCACUGCCCGCAGAGGGCGCGAGCUACGAAGAAGUCAUUCGAGAAGCCUCUCGUCUGUUCGGAAAGGAGGUGGCCGACAACGACCCCGCUGAUCUUGGAACGGAGGCAGCUGCGUUGUGGCAGGAGGUUCGCUUGUGCAGAAAUCGUCUACAGAAGAAGGCCGCGAGAAACGAAGAAAUCAUGCAGGAAGUCUCUCGUCUGUUCGGAAAGGAGGUGGCCGGCCGGUUAGUGUUCAGAAAUGCUGAUCUUAGCACGGAGGAGCGUGCGUUGAAGCUUGAAGUUGCGACUUUCAGGAGAGCUCUGCGCGACAGGGGCAAGGGCCGCGAAGAAAUCGUUCGAGAAGUCACUCGAAAAUUCGGAAAGGAGACAGCUGACAAGAUGAUAUUCAAAGGAAGCAAGAAAGCAAGUUAUGAUCUCGACACUAAUGCUGCGCAGAACGAGGGAGUAAGCGAGCGCCGGAACCAGGCCUCGAGUUCCAGGGUGGGUCGCUCUCGUCCCAGGCAUCUGUUCCGGCAGCUUUUCGAAUCUGGAGAGUUGUCUAUGAAGGAAAUUGCCAGGAGACUCAGCGUUCAGUUCGGCCACACGGUGUCCGACGACAGUCUCAGAGGUCGCCUCCGGACAUUAGCAGACCGCGCAACGGCGCAAGCAGGGCAGCUAGGGGAGAAGACUCAUUGA